UAUGAGCUAAGACUUCUCUACGACAACACCACCAACGCAAAACCGGACCAAGUGCACACACUUUUAAACUUUGCUGUGGCGGCAGAGGACAGGACACUAAGAGCACCAUAUCCCCCAGAAAAGCUGAAGUCUCACAGUCUCUCAAGUUGCCUCAUAUCGCAUCAACCAAUGGGUCGCAAGCAGCGUGACUGUUCCAAUUCUUCCCCUCGUUUGCUUUGGCUGCUACGCUCGCCCGACUGUGUUCCAGAUGCUGGUGCAUGAGCUUUUCACGGGGUUUAUUGGGUGACUAUGGCAGCCCGUUCCAACUGUUUUUACUGUCGCGAGGACCUCAGCGGAAAGAAGUUUGUGAGGAAAGACGAGAAACAAGUCUGCGUGCGAUGCUUUGACAAGUUCUGCGCCAACACCUGCGCGGAGUGUCGACGCCCAGUCAGCACCGACUCCAAGGAGCUUCACCAUAAGGGCCGGUACUGGCACUCGGAUUGUUUCCGAUGUGCCAAGUGCUAUAAGAAUCUGGCCAAGGAGUCUUUCACCUCCAAGGAUGACAGGAUCCUGUGUGGGCCGUGUAGCUCACGUGAGGAUGCCCCUCGCUGCCAUGGCUGCUACAAGCCCAUACUGGCAGGCACUGAGAAUGUGGAAUACAAAGGCAACUCAUGGCAUGAUGAGUGUUUCACCUGCUAUCAGUGUCAAAAGCCAAUCGGCUCCAAAAGUUUCAUAGCAAAGAACAACAACAUCUACUGCAGCCUUUGCCACGAGAAGAAAUUUGCCAAACAAUGCGCUUGCUGUAAGAAGGUGAGAGAUGUAGCAAAAAUUUAUGUAUUUUUGUUCAUUAUUACUUUUAAAGUUGUAAGUUACUAUAUAUUUUGUGAGUACAAAACAUGUUCUUUUCUAAAAUAAAGACAUUUUAUGAUAAUAAUGACCAUCGCAAGUUGCCUCAGUCUAUU